CCUUAACACCGCCAUUCACGUUGCAACGCGAACAGCUUGGUUGUGACUACAUUAUAUAUUUUGGCGUCGUCUUUCUCCAGUAAGCGUGUUCCGAGAAAAAGCUAAAUAUUGAGACAGGAGGAAGAGUCAUUGGAGAUAAUGAGAGAUCAGGCCCCACAAGCUACACCUGCAGAGGCACCUGCGACUAGGCAGAAGUGGAUAGUGUGCCGGGUGUGCCUGCAGCAGCCCAAGGAGCCCAUGGCCUGCAUUUUCAACGACGAACCGACCAAGGACAUGACACAGAUGAUUAUGGAGUGUGGCGGAGUGCCAAUUAAAAAAUUUGAUCACUAUCCUGACAAGAUUUGUGAUAAGUGCUCCCGCGCACUGAAGGUUGCGUUCAAGUUCCGUCAGUCGUGUCAGAACUCUUACAAGCAUCUUCGGCAGUUUGUGGCGCCGGUUGAGGAUGAACAGGAUACUGCCAACAAGGAGGAAGAUACAGAAGAGCAUGAUACACCGGCUGAUGAGACGGAGGAGGAACUGGAUGAGAGCACCUAUGUUGAUGGGGAGGGGGAAAACGCGGGAGAUGUUGCCGCCACGGAAUUCCAGGAUGAAUUCGAGGAGGAAAUCCUCUUGAAACUAGAGAAGGAUAACGUCGUCCAUUUUAAGAGUGAAAACGUUGAGGAAGAUGGCAUUAUCGAGGAAGUCUACGACGUAUACGAGGCUUUUGAGGGGGACAUCAUAACAGAACAGGCUGUUUUCGAUCAGGACUUGGGCGAUCAGUCGCUUUCUGGGCUUUCGGCCGAUAUCGAGUACCUGGACCCGGUAGAACAAGAUCAAGAUCAGGACCAGGAUCAGUUGACUGAAAGCGCCAAUGAGGACGAAGAGAAAUUUUUCUCUAGCAAACUGGUCAGGAGCGCUGGAACGAAUCGAGCAGCCCCCAAGCGUCGCGCCAACAACCGCAACAAGACAAACGACCCAUCAGCGUCGCCAGAAUCUGCCUCCACCUUGAAAUCGAGUGGUCGGGGUAAUGCGCUCAAGAUCCGCCGCGGAAAUAACCACGGGGUUAAGACGGAAGUCGUUGGAGAAGAAGGUAUUUCCAUUGGGGAGAUGAUGGCGCGAAAGCACUCCGGAAUUAAGACCAAAGGCGGUCACAAAAUCAUCGUUGGCGAUAAAAAGGAAUUCAAGUACAUAUGCGAUGUUUGUGGCAAUAUGUAUCCCUCCCAGAGCCGACUUACCGAACACAUUAAAGUCCAUUCUGGAAUAAAACCUCACGAGUGCGAAAUCUGCGGUCACUGCUUCGCCCAGGCUCAGCAACUGGCGCGUCACAUGAACACGCACACUGGAAAUCGACCGUAUAAAUGUAGCUACUGCCCUGCAGCCUUUGCGGAUUUGUCCACCCGCAACAAACACCACAGAAUCCACACCAACGAGCGUCCCUAUGAGUGCGACGUGUGCCACAAGACCUUUACAUACACCAACACACUUAAGUUCCACAAGAUGAUUCAUACGGGGGAGAAGCCCCAUGUAUGUGAUGUGUGCGGAAAGGGCUUUCCCCAAGCUUACAAGCUGCGGAACCACAAGGUUAUUCAUGAGCGACGCAGCGUGCGAGAAGCCGUCGACGGAAUGAUGCCGUAUGAUACGGCCAAUAUAGUGGGUCUAGAGAUGUAGAAGUGUCCCUUGCAAAGAUUAAUACCCCCAAACACACAGAGACACGCGUGUAAUUACACAUCUAAUUAUAUUGAUGAUCUUUAAGUCUAGCCUAAUUAUGCGGAAAUAAAUUAAGUAUAGCUGCACA